AUGGAUAUUGAACCCACUUUUAAGGGUUACAUUGAAGAUGAGAAUGAUGCGUUGUUAAUUCUGCAAGCAACUUUAGAUGGCUCAUUGAAACAUAUCCCAAGAAGACCGUAUGAAAUUGAGAGGCCAUAUUUGAUUACUUCGGGCAGUAUUUUUAUUUUUAUUGAGGAGGUUUCUGGUAUUAAGCGCUGGACCGAUGGAGUUUCAUGGUCACCGUCCAGAAUUUCCGGUAAAUUUUUGAUAUACAGAGAACUUGAUAAAUCGAUAGGUCAUCAGCCGUCGAGUCUGAAUUCGAAUUCGAACUCGAGCUUGAAGAAAACGGAGUCAAGCGAAUCGCCAACUUUGUCUUUAACUCCGAGAAUAAAGCUGCCGCCGAUUCUGGCCACACCAGUUUCAACAGGCUCGUCAUUCUCAUCGAAUGUUUCACCGAAGUCAUCGUCACCGCCAACAAUAGCAGCAGCAACCACUUCAAGUUCAUCAUCAUCGUCCCCAACCCAGUCAGCGACAAAAAUGAUCGGUUAUAUCUCGGGCGGCAAUUCCAAUGGCAAAUACACUGGGUUCAUUAAGAAGACUAUGUCUGUCAAAUUACGAAAUUCGCAAAAAAACUCAAUCGAAACCUUACAUAUGGUGUCUUACUAUAAUCUGGAUGAUUUAUCCAAAAAUUCGUUAGUCAGACCAUCGAAUUCAGAUUUUUUCAAAAAAAUUAGACCCUGUAGGGAGCUAUCAAUUGCAAUGGAAAACACUGCCCUGGGUAAUAGCAAUAAGUCCUUGUCUACAUUUCAAAUGAGUUUGAACAGCAACAACAGCAGCAACAAUAACAUCAACAAAACCAAUAAUAGUAAUUCACCUUUGUUUCCGGCUCAAAAACUCAAAGUUAACGCGAUUAAUAAAAAUAAUAUUGAAUAUUUAACUUCAACUUCCAAUUCUAAUGCUGUUAAUAGUAAUACUGCUGGCAGUACUAUUUCAGUUGAUUACAAUGCAACUAGGCAACAGAAUGAUCCACAAUCGCUACCUUUCGUUAAGAAUCGAUCCUUUCAUUCUAUUUUUCAAAAUGAUGAAAAUAUACCGACAUCACUUCCGACUCCAAAUUCAAAUUCAAAUUCAAAUCUAAAUCCGUCAAACCCAAAUGAAACACAUUUUCAACGCAUAGGCCCGGCAUCAAAACCACUCACCUAUCAACCUAAUAAUACACCUCAACAACCUCAGGCCGGUGCUCCACCUACCUAUUAUGAUUCUGGUAAUCAAUCCCAUUCUUACUAUCAACCAAUUGACUCCAAUCCAAGUUCAAAUUUAAAUUCUAUUUCAAAUUCAAAUUCAAAUCCAAAUCCAAAUCCAAAUUUACACGGCAAUUCUGUUCAGUUUUAUCCAAUAAAUGCACGUCUACCCUAUUACCAAACUGCUUCAAAAAUUGUUCCCUAUUCAAACACUACUACUGCGGGAAAUAACAAUUACCAGAUUCAAGGUCUUUCAAAUAAUACAAAUGUGAACAUAACUGGUUUGGCAAACGGGAAUGAAUUGGGUAUGAUGGUAUCACCAUCAUUGGCACAUAGCUAUGCAAAUUUUUCGAAUUAUACCUCACAACCAACCUCUCUGCCAAAUAUUAACUAUCAUCAACCGCCUCAAAUUCAGCAACAGGCUAUCCAUCAGCAGCAAUCGAUGCCGUUCUACCAACAUCAUAUGGCUUUACACCCAUUACCAGUACAAACGCACACAUACUCUCAACCGCACCCCAUUGGACCUUCCCCAUCUUUACAAUUCUCAAGCCCAUCCAUGAAUGCUAGCCCAUUUUUGCGACAUCCAACUUCGACUGGAAAUUCAUCUGCAAUAUACAAUCAUGCCAGCGCCGGUGGCAACACAAAACCAUUUUUAAUGAGUAUCAACUCAUCAGGUAAGUCAAUAGAAAGUCCCAAUACCGUUUUGCCUCAAUGA